AUACUAUUACUAUUACUUAUUAGUAUUACUACUUUACAAGUGCCUGUGCUCUGUGUUCCGGGGUGUGCACCAGUCUUUGCUUUGAACGUUUGAUCUGCGCCUCUGCCUCCUUCAAGUAACCAAGGCUUCAUGCUUCACUUUUUAGUCUUCGCUAUUUCCCCAAGCCCGGGGACAGCCGAGAGAGGGAGAAACGACGCAUAGCGGCUGACUGGGCACAGCACUGAAGAUACCAGCAAUACGCUGUAGUAACUGUUUAUGAUUGCAUUCCUGUCGAUCUUGCAGAGCUGGAGGAAUUCUCAUCAGGGAGUUUCUUGCUCCUUGGCUAGUAUUACUGAGUUAGUGCGACCCAGGGCCAAGAACUGAUUGAUGACUGCUGUACUAGACCGUCUCAAAUUGUAACUGACUCAGUAUCCCACCAUUAUCGAUAUUUCAUUCAAAGUGACUGACUCCUGAAUCCUGAAAUAGAUCGGUAACUGAGUGGCAGCAAUGAGUGCUAGCAGUAGUGAUGCAGAAAGCAGUGGUGGGAGUCUUGAAUCAUCCAGGGCGGCUGGAGCUGCAGGUGAAGCAGAUGCCAGGAAAGUGGUCGACGACAGUUCCACAACACGGAACACCUACACAAUACGACCUAACUUCCACCUCAAGUUUCGCCCCGCUGCAAUCAAGGAUAUACUGAGAACUGUUCUGUACGAGGAGCUUAGCGACAAGGAGUACACUGCUGAGGAUGCCAAAGAAUGGAGCCAGAAAGCGGCUGAUCUUAUUCGCCAACGGCUAAAAGAUCUGGAACUUGAUCGGUACAAGUACGUGGUGCAGGUGAUUGUUGGAGAACAGAGAGGACAGGGGAUCAAAAUAGGGAGUCGCUGCUUGUGGGAUUCAGAUACAGACAAUAUGGCACAGGAAGCCUUCCUUGGGGAAACUCUCUUUGGCGUUGCAUUCGUCUUCGGAGUUUUCCACUAUUGACGGAUUUCAACUCUCUCGUCUGGGGAACACACCAAUCCACGCACAGGCUGUGAUGACCUCAUCAUGCACAAAUACUGAGCUUGCAUGACAGUACACGUCUCCGGCUUAUGUACACCUGGAUUCAUUUUCCAGCGAGUUCAUGUACCCUGUACUGCUACCAGUACUUGUAUCUGGUCUUUACAUUGAGAAUUGGAGAUGUUGCAAGGUCAGCGGCUUGUGAAGGAAAUUGUCCAUUGCUGGCAACUACAUGACUGUAUGUCCUUGACAGUCCCAUCUUCUUUCCAUUAUAUUUCGAGCAUGGAUUUGAGGACUCAACUUGCUGCAUUGCCACAUUAUGUCAGAGAGAUAGUAUGCAGAUGGCAUUGCCCGAUGACGUCACUUGUGGCCAGCACGCACACCUUGAUCCAACGGAGACAUUGAACUCGGAUGACUCAUACAUGUACUUGACCUUUUAAAAUUUCCAUUGGUCCUCUUGCAUGUUUUGUGAUCGUGAGAGUAACAUACUUAUCAAACACUAUUUUGGAUUUGAUUUUGACUCACUAAUAAUAUAUUAGUUUGCUACUAUAAUUAUCCAAUUCAUGUAUCAAGGUAUGGUGUGAAUGAGUCUUCCUUCAAGUACUUAAAAAAAAUGUACACUGA